UUCGUGUGGUGCAAAAGUAACAAGUGGGUUUUUGGGGUGAAGUGCUGAGUUUUCGUUGAAUGGAAGAUGAUUGAUUCAGGGAAAAAUAAAAAUUCCAAAAUACAAAGGAAACACAAGCGAUGUCAAGCAAUACUUUCGCGUGACGCUAAUGUGGAGUGUGUGUCACAUCCUACGAAGUUUAUAGCAAUAUGCAAUGCCGGACUGUCUACUGGACUCCAAAAAGAAACCAUUCUCGAAGAGGCGCUGAAGUAUGGACGAGUUAUCGACAUUGUCAUGCUUCCUAACAAAUCCUAUUGCUUCAUAAACUGCUACAACGAGGACGACGCGAAGAAUAUAUUCGACAAUAUGCACGGUCACGCGAAGCUUGGACAGAACGAAACAAUUAUCUACCUUUCGUAUAUCAAAGAAAUCCCAGAGGCGCCUAAUCAGUAUAAUCAAGAUUUGCCUGAAGGUUUGAUAAUAAUAAAUGACUUUGUAUCUGCCGAUGAGGAGAGAAUCUUAUUGGAGGCCAUACGAAUGUCUGAGGAACCGCUGGAAAAUAAUCUUCUGAAGCACAGACGAGUGAAACAUUUUGGAUAUGAAUUUUUGUAUGGCAUCAACAAUGUCGAUCCAGAGAAGCCUUUGGAAGAAAAUAUACCCGUUGAGUGCGAUGCUUUGUGGAAAAGACUUGAAGACAAAGUGCCGGAUAGACUAGCUUUGGUCCCGGACCAGUUGACGGUGAACAUUUACGAACCUGGGCAAGGAAUACCGCCGCACGUUGAUACACACAGUGCCUUCUUAGAUCCCAUCUACUCAUUAUCUUUAGAAAGUGAUAUUGUUAUGGAGUUUCGUCGAAGCAAUAAUAAUCACGUCCCAGUUGUUCUUCCCCGUCGUUCCUUACUAAUAAUGUCUGGUGAAUCGCGCUAUGCGUGGACGCAUGGCAUUACCCCGAGACAUAUGGAUGUAAUUCCAAGUAAAGAAGGAGGUGGCCUUACUAUCCACCAUCGAACUCGACGAACUUCAUUCACAUUCCGUAAAUUGAGGCGAAAUCGAUGCGACUGCGCCUACCCCGAAUUGUGCGAUACUUAUGCUGCAGAGCAGAAAAGUAACGAGGAUAAAUUAGCUAGCGUUGCUGCCAAAUUGGAAGAGGAAAACGUCCAUAAAGUGUACGAUGAAAUAGCAAAUCAUUUCAGUGAAACUCGUUACAAACCUUGGCCAAAAGUUGAAAAUUUUAUCAAAUCAUUUGAAUGUGGAUCUGUAGUCAUGGAUGUUGGCUGUGGUAAUGGGAAAUAUCUAAGCGUGAAUCCAAACAUUAUCGAGAUCGGAUGCGACCGGAGUGAAGGUCUCUUGCAAGUUUGUUCACAAAGAAAGUGUCACGUGUUCCAGUGUAAUUGUCUGAAUUUGCCAUUCCGAGAUAACUCAGUUAAUGGAUGCAUCAGCAUUGCAGUUAUACAUCACCUGGCAACAGAGGCGCGACGAUUACAGGCAAUAGCUGAAAUGGCCCGAGUUCUAGUUUCCAACGGUCGUUGUCUAAUUUAUGUCUGGGCCAAGAACCAAGAGUUCAAUUGUGAGAAGUCGAGUUACUUACACCGUAAUAGAAAUAAUCGAAUGCAAAACACAAAAUCAGUUUCAAAUGAAAACACUCAAUCGCUUUCAUCGAAAAGCGAACUUGUCGACUUACCUGUUCAUAUGAAUCGAACACAGUUUCAAGAACAGGACGUUUUCGUCCCAUGGAAAUUAAAAUCAUCGGGUCCUAAAAGUAUCGAAACAACUACGGAGGAUGGCGGCGUGAAAAAAGAAUUUUUACGAUAUUAUCAUGUUUUCGAAGAGGGAGAAUUAGCUCAGUUGUGUGCGCGUAUUGAAAGCAUUGAAGUGGAGUGCGCUUACUACGAUCAAGGCAAUUGGUGUGUUAUAUUUAGAAAGAAAUGAUUAUGUGAUGAAAAUAAAGAAAUUUAUAUGAAAAGUGA